CUUCGUUCUCCUGAGUCGGGACUCCCCCCCCAACGCCAGGCUGCGCUGAAGUUGCUUGUCUGUGCAUGGGUGGGAACUUGCCAGGUUAAAUUCGUUGCAGAUAUUUUCGCUUCUUUUGCGUUUUAUUUGUCUUUUUUCCCCUCUGCUACUUUUUUCGGAGGUGUUGUUGACGUUGAGAGAAGCCAUGGUUAUCAAGGUCUUUAUAGCAAGCCAGUCCGGUUCCACCGCGAUCAAGAAGAAACAACAGGAUGUUCUGGGUUUUCUAGAAGCCAACAAAAUUGAUUUUAAAGAACUGGAUAUAGCAGCAAAUGAAGAUAACAGAAAAUGGAUGCGGGAAAAUGUUCCAGGAGAAAAACGCCCACAAAAUGGCAUUCCCCUCCCUCCACAGAUUUUCAACGAUGAACUGUAUUGUGGGGACUUUGAAGCUUUCUUUAAUGCCAAGGAAGACAAUGGAGUUUAUGCAUUUCUUGGUCUGGAUCCUCCUCCUGGUUCAAAGGAAGCACAUCAAGCUGCAAUCAUCCAGAAUGGUGAAGUUCCAGAAAAUGAUCAAGCAGAUGGCAAUGAGCUGUCUAUAGCUGCAGAAGAUCAGCCUGAAGAAAAUAUUGAUAUGUUGCAUACUCCUUUUGAGCAGUCAACAGAUAUAAAUGAAAACAUUGGUGAGAAUGAAGCUGACAAACAUGAGGAGUCUGUUCAUCAAACAAUUGAACCAGAAGAGACUACAAAGGAAGAGAAGGAACCAGAAGUAGAGGAUGAAGAAGAGCAACCUGUUACUGAGGAGGAGGAUGAAGAACAACCAGUAACUGAGGAAGAGGAUGAAGUGGAUGAAUCUUAAAAAAACAAUUAUGCUUCUAUAUGAUUUCAUCUGUAAGGGGUUAAGGAAGCUGAAGCUCUUGCAAAAAAAUCAUAAGUGGAAGAACAUGAACAUUAUACCACCUGUGGUAACCUCAAUAGAAAAUUUGGCAUUGUCCAAGAAGUUCUGCAGUUCAAAAAUAGACAUGGAUUUCUACAAAGGAGUAGCCUUGGAACAUCUACUCUUUUUCUUAUAAAUAUUGAUCCACAUCAACCUUUUCCUUUUGUUUGUAGUUGAUUAGCUGAUUAUAUGCUUGAACAAAUGGACUUUGUAGAAGCAAAAUUCGGUUUUUGUAUGCUGAUCUAGGCACUCCCCACAACAUGGCAUGGUUAAAUGCCCCUUUAACAGCUGAAACUUUCCUCCCUGCCGAUUGAAGCUUACCUUCAGCAUAAGAACUGCCAAUGUUUGCGAAGUUUUGCCUCAUUGUCUCAAUUAUGCCAAGUUGCCUCUAUUUCCUUCUUUUUGCCAAUGUUCCUUUCACUGAAAACAGUUACUGUGAAUGUUGGAGAGUGUUAUUACUGGUAAAUGAUGCAAUGAAUUUUUGUAAAAAAAGACUCCUUGUUUUA